GCGCAGCCUCGUGCCCGCCGCCCGUGCCCGCCGCCGCCGCCGCCCGCGCCCGCCGCCCCCGGGGCAUGGCCUGUCUGAUGGCCGCCUUCUCGGUCGGCACCGCCAUGAAUGCCAGCAGUUACUCUGCAGCGAUGACGGAGCCCAAGUCCGUAUGUGUCUCGGUGGAUGAGGUGGUCUCGGGCAGCAUGGAGGCCACCGAGACGGACCUGCUGAAUGGGCAUCUGAAAAAGGUGGACAGUAGCCUCACGGAGGCUCAGCGCUUUUCGUCCCUGCCCCGCAGGGCGGCCGUGAACAUUGAAUUCAAGGACCUCUCCUACUCCGUCCCUGAAGGACCCUGGUGGAGGAAGAAAGGAUACAAGACCCUUCUGAAAGGGAUCUCUGGGAAGUUCAACAGCGGGGAGCUGGUGGCCAUCAUGGGUCCCUCCGGGGCCGGGAAGUCCACGCUCAUGAACAUUCUGGCCGGAUACAGGGAGACUGGCAUGAAGGGGGUCGUCCUCAUUAACGGCCUGCCCCGGGAUCUGCGCUGCUUCCGGAAGGUGUCCUGUUACAUCAUGCAGGACGACAUGCUGCUGCCACACCUCACCGUGCAGGAAGCCAUGAUGGUGUCCGCACAUCUGAAGCUCCAGGAGAAGGAUGAAGGCAGGAGGGAGAUGGUCAAGGAGAUCCUGACGGCUCUGGGCUUGCUCUCCUGUGCCAACACGAGGACCGGAAGCCUCUCGGGUGGCCAGCGGAAGCGCCUGGCCAUCGCGCUGGAGCUGGUGAACAACCCUCCCGUCAUGUUCUUCGAUGAGCCCACCAGCGGCCUGGACAGCGCCUCUUGCUUCCAGGUGGUCUCCCUGAUGAAAGGGCUGGCCCAAGGAGGGAGGUCCAUCAUCUGCACCGUCCACCAGCCCAGCGCCAAGCUCUUCGAGCUCUUUGACCAGCUUUAUGUCCUUAGUCAAGGACAAUGUGUGUACCGGGGGAAAGUCUCAAAUCUUGUACCAUACCUGAGGGAGUUGGGUCUGAAUUGCCCCACGUACCACAACCCCGCUGAUUUUGUCAUGGAGGUAGCGUCCGGUGAAUACGGUGACCAGAACAGCCGCCUGGUGAGAGCCGUCCGGGAGGGCAUGUGUGACCCUGACCACAGGAAAGAGCCCGGGGGGGAUGCCGAGGUGAACCCUUUUCUUUGGCACCGGCCCUCUGAAGAGGUAAAGCAGGCAAAACGCUUAAAGGGGUUGAGAAAGGACUCCACCUCCAUGGAAGGCUGUCACAGCUUCUCGGCCAGCUGCCUCACCCAGUUCUGCAUCCUCUUCAAAAGGACCUUCCUCAGCAUCAUGAGGGAUUCGGUCCUGACGCACCUGCGGGUCACGUCGCACAUCGGAAUCGGCCUCCUCAUCGGCCUGCUGUACCUGGGCAUCGGGAACGAAGCCAAGAAGGUCCUGAGCAACUCCGGCUUCCUCUUCUUCUCCAUGCUGUUCCUCAUGUUCGCGGCCCUGAUGCCCACCGUUCUCACGUUCCCCCUGGAGAUGGGGGUGUUUCUUCGGGAGCACCUGAACUACUGGUACAGCCUGAAGGCCUACUACCUGGCCAAGACCAUGGCCGACGUCCCCUUCCAGAUCAUGUUCCCCGUGGCCUACUGCAGUAUCGUAUACUGGAUGACAUCACAGCCGUCCGACGCCGUGAGGUUCGUCCUCUUUGCCGCGCUGGGCACCAUGACCUCUCUGGUGGCCCAGUCCCUGGGUCUGCUGAUCGGGGCGGCAUCCACGUCCCUGCAGCGGCAGCACCCGGCCGUCCAGUCCUGCAGACCCGGUACCUGCUGCCUCACGGCCACUCGCUGCGGCCCCCGAUACCGCCCCGCGGUGGCCACCUUUGUGGGACCCGUGACGGCCAUCCCAGUCCUCCUCUUCUCUGGGUUCUUCGUCAGCUUCGACACGAUCCCGACUUACCUGCAGUGGAUGUCGUACAUCUCCUACGUCAGGUACGGGUUCGAAGGGGUCAUCCUCUCCAUCUACGGCCUGGACCGGGAGGACCUGCACUGUGGCAUCGACGAGACGUGCCACUUCCAGAAGUCGGAGGCCAUCCUGCGGGAGCUGGACGUGGAAGGUGCCACGCUCUACCUGGACUUCAUCGUGCUGGGGGUUUUCUUCAUCUCCCUGCGCCUCAUCGCCUACUUCGUCCUGAGAUACAAAAUCCGAGCGGAGAGGUAAAGCACCUGCGUGCUGGCAGAGGGCGCAGCGGGCACCGCGGCCCAGGAGGACUUGUGGGAUCGCGGCGGCGGGCGGCGCCCGCGGACACAGGGCCCCUGCCCCCCAGCCCCGGCGGCCGGGCCGGCUCGUCUCUCCGUCCCCCUCUCUGGCCCCGCCGGGGAAGAAGGUGCCGAGGGCGGGCGGGCCGCGGGGGAGGGCCGGCCUCGUGACCGUCGCUGUCGCCCUCCCUCCGGCCGCCUCCUCCACGGAGAGGUCACCUUCCAAGCCAAAAGCCGCUGAGUCUCGUUCAGUUGAAGAAACUGUAUCUUUUUACGUCGAAGAACACGAUUCAGGGUACAUAACCCGCUUGGCUUCGAGAGACGAGGGGUUGAACUUCACGGGCGGCUGCACCAGACGGACACGCGGUGCCAGCAGAUGGAAGGCUCUGGAGCUGCACGCGCUCAGCCCCCAGGAUUUCAAAAAGUCGUGAGGAAAACUGGAGGGUGAGGUUGGCCGAGGCUCCCCCCCGCAGUUUUGCGCCCCCCGCACCCCACGCUCUUCUUAUUUUAAGCAAACCAUAUUGUUUAUUUCUUCCUAACUUUCUCACCACCUCAAUUUUGCUUAAAAACAUGUCUAGGAAAUUAGCCUUGUU